UCACAUUAUUUAUAAUCUGAUCUGGAUGGAAUCCAGAAGGAAUCAAACCGAACCCAACCUAAAACAUAGUAAAACUGAGAAUAAGACUUAUGAACAUUCGUUCAUGUCUGAGUUUACAAAUACGUUCGUCCGUAGGCAUUAGGUAAAUUGCAUUUGCCUCAUGUCAUCUCUGAUACUCCACGGAAGAAGGUUCUUCGAGUUGCAGAAAUGGCGUCAUUUCAGAUUCGCAGUGAACAUCGUGCUGCAGAAUGAAUCUCCUUUCUCCUCUGCAAGUUCGACCCUUCAAGAUGGUCGAAAAGGUCACAACUUUACAGUCUCUUCUUACCUCGUUGAUUCGCUGGGUUUCACCACAAAACUCGCAGAAUCCAUCUCCAGGAAGGUGAGCUUUAACGACAAGGUUAACCCUGACUCUGUUCUGAGUCUACUUAGAGUCCAUAGGUUCACAGAUUCUCAGAUCUCCACCAUCAUUACAGAUUAUCCACAAGUUCUUGUCGCAGAUGCUGAGAGAUCCCUUGCUCCCAAGCUUCAGUUUUUAAAAUCAAGAGGAGCUUCAACCUCUGAGCUCACUGAGGUUCUCUCCAAAGUCCCUAAGAUAUUGGGAUCCAAAAAGGACAAAACUUUAAGCAGAUACUAUGAUUUCGUCAAGGAGAUUGUACAAGCCGACAAGAGUUCCAAGUUCAAGAAGCUGUCUCCUUCUUCUUCUUUGCUGUCACAGGGUAGUAAACAGGAGAACAAGAUUAGGAACAUAAUAGUUCUGAGAGAAUUAGGGAUGCCUCAGAAGUUGUUGUUCUCAUUGCUAACAUCCCAUGUACAGUUUGUAUGCGGGAAAGACAAGUUUGAGGAGUCACUCAAGAAGGUCCUUGAGAUGGGUUUUGAUCCCACCACCACCACCCUUAGUUUUGUUGGAGCUCUGCGCAUGCUUUACGCAUUGAGCGACAAAACAAUUAAAGCAAGAGUUGAAGUGUACGAAAGGCUAGGCUUUUCAGUGGAGGACGUGUGGGCAAUCUUCAAGGAGUGGCCAAUCUUCCUGGGAUACGCGGAGAAGAAUAUAGCUGACUCUAUUGAGACAUUUCUAGAGCUAGGAUUCAGCAGAGAUGAGUUUGUGAUGACUGUGAAGCGUCAUCCUCAGUGCCUUGGAUUAUCUGCUGAGUUGGUGAAGAAGAAGACUGAGUUUUUGGUGAAGGAGAUGGGUUGGCCGAUAAAGGCUGUGGUUUCAAACCCUUCAGUACUUGGAAACAGCAUGGAGAAGAGGAUGGUACCUAGGUGUAAUGUAAUCAAAGCUCUCAUGAGUAAAGGAUUGCUUGGAAGUGAACUACCUUCUAUACACUCUGUCUUGGUUUGUAUUGAUCAGGUCUUUUUAAACAAGUAUGUGAUGAAGCAUGAUGAUGAGCAGCUUGUGGCUGAGUUGAUGGGUAUUUUCUCCAUAGGCAUUUGGACUGUGCCAAGGUGGCAAGGUGUAAUGUAAUCAAAGCUCUGACUGCAUUACAUACUGACAACAAGAUGAGAAGAAUGUUAGGCUUCUCAAUAUGAUCCGGACCUGAACUGUUUUCUCUAAACUGUUUAAAUCUGUAGUUGAAACUCCUUUUCCGAUACUGAGAGAGCACAUUCUGUAAACUUAUGGUACAUCAUUAAGACUCAUAAACAUCUAUUCCACAUCA